AUGGGCUUUGGCUUUCGCGCCGCCGUCGCGCGCGUGACGCCGCGGCUCGCCGUGUUCGCUACCGGCGCGACGCUCGGCCUGACGCACGCCGCGGCACGGGCCGAAGAGAAGCGCGACCUGCGCGACCUCGAGUUCGGCGUGCCGUCCGACCGCAAGCGCGUGGACCCCUUCUCGCCGUUCUUCCCCUCGGACAAACACCCGUGUACGCACGCCGGCAUGUUCAUUCCCGGCUGCCACGAGCUCAAGAUCUUCUCGGGCUCGUCGCACUUUGAACUGGCCGACGACAUUGCGCGGCGCCUGGGCACGCGCGUGGGGAAGAUCACGCUCGGGCGCUUUGCCGACGGCGAAGUGCAGGUGCAAGUGGGCGAGAGCGUGCGCGGCAAAGACGUGUACCUGGUGCAGAGUCUCGCGAGUCCCGUGAACGACAAUAUCAUUGAGCUCCUGCUGAUGGUCAGUACCAUGCGGCGAGCGAGUGCCAAGAAGGUGACGGUCGUCCUGCCGUACUAUGCGUACAAGCACCAUCGUCGAGCAAAUCCAGCUGCUACUAGCUUGAAUUCCAAGUUUAUCCAGAGUCCGGCUGCUGACAUUGCCAAGAUGCUCGAGGUCAUGGGGGUCGACCGCGUGAUUGCGGUCGACAUGCAGAUGCGCGUUGAAGGCCACGAAGCGUGUUUCUUCAGCUCGGACAUCCCGGUCGAGACGAUUGAAACAAUCAUGGCGGGCGUCGAGUACUUUGCCACGCAAGUGUACAUUCGUCGCCCGCUCGUGGUGAUGGCACCGAACCCCGAGUGUCUGCGUCGGGCCCGUAUUUUCCAGACGGGGCUCAACAAGUGGCUGCCGGACUCGCCAGCGCAGUUUGCCGUGUUUUUCCACGGCACGGGCAAAGAAGAGUCGGGGCAGCAGUCGCCUGCUGACAUUGUCGGCGAUGUCAAGGGCGCCGACGUGAUUGUCGUAGACGACUUGAUCGACACGAGCGAGACGCUGUCCAAGCUCACAAACCUUGCGCUGAGUAAAGGCGCUCGAAAGGUGUACUGCUUUGCGUCGCAUCCGCUGCUUAAUGGCGACGCCGAGCGGUUGAUCGAGGACUCGAAUGUGUCCCAAGUGGUCGUCAUGGACACGAUUCCUGCCGACCCGAAGGCGUUUCACACGAACAAACUCAAGCGCCUAUCGGUUGCCCCCAUGCUCGCGGAAUUGAUCCAAGCCGAGCACUUCAAGGCACACUCGUACAUUGACAAGGUCAACUCGCGGGAGGACUUCAAGUACGUGCACCACUAUUAA